CUUCUAGCAUUGUGAAGACGACAACGACGAUCCCAUACUCUCUUUUGAUUUCAAUUACACUCGCAGGAGUCGAGAAUUCUCAAAGGUUUAGGGGAAUUAGGGAAUUGAUUGAUUGAUGGCGUUCGUUGACGAUGAUGAAGAGGAAGACUACUCUGUUCCUCAAUCAGCUUCGAAUUACUAUUUCGAAGAUGACGAUAAAGAGCCUGUUUCGUUUGCUCGUCUGCCAAUUCAAUGGACCGGAGAGGAUAAAGUUGUUGAUGGGAGUGCGUUAGGUUUAUACUUGAGAGGAAGAUCUGGUGAUGGGCUUUUGCCUUUGCAUAAGCUUGUUAAAGCUUGGAGAUUCGAUCUUUCGAACUUUAGGCCUGAGGUUUCUGUUCUUACCAAGGAUAAUAUCUGGGUUAAGCUUGAGGAACCGAGGAAAAGUUACGCGGAGUUGAUUAGAACUGUUUUGGUUACUUUGUAUUCCAUUCAGUUUUUUAGGAGGAAUCCUCAAGCGUCUGAGAAAUCUCUUUUGGAGAAGUUAUCUAGAUGUUUGAGGUCGUAUGACGUGAAGCCAUCGCAGAAUGAUUUGGUGGAUCACAUUGACUUAAUCGCUGAAGCUGCUAAAAGAGAUGUCAAUUUGGCGGAAUCAAAGUUUAUACUUGCAUUUCUCGCUAAGAAGCCUACCAAAAGGAGAUUAGCUGAUGAGGACAAUGCAAAGGAUGAUUUCAUAGUAGGAGAUGACGACAAUUAUGUAGCUUCCGAUGAAGAUGAAUCGGGUGAUGAAGACGAUGAUUUUUUUGAGUCUGUUUGUGCUAUAUGUGACAAUGGUGGCGAGAUUUUGUGUUGUGAAGGAAGCUGCCUGAGAUCUUUUCAUGCUACCAAAAAAGAUGGUGAAGAUUCACUUUGUGAUUCUCUUGGCUUCACCAAGAUGCAAGUGGAAGCAAUUCAGAAAUACUUUUGCCCAAACUGUGAGCAUAAGAUACAUCAAUGCUUCAUUUGCAAGAACCUUGGCUCUUCUGAUAAUUCUGCUGGGGCUGCAGAGGUUUUCCAAUGCGUGUCAGCCACCUGCGGCUACUUUUAUCAUCCUCGUUGUGUCACAAGACGGCUACGUUUAGGAAAUAAAGAAGAGUCUGAAGCACUAGAGAGACAAAUCAUUGCAGGAGAGUUUACAUGCCCAUUGCACAAAUGCAGUGUCUGUGAAAACGGAGAGGUUAAGACAGACUCUAAUUUGCAAUUUGCUGUUUGCCGGCGAUGUCCAAAGUCCUACCACAGAAAAUGCCUGCCGCGGGAAAUUUCUUUUGAAGAUAUUGAGGACGAGGAUAUAUUUACUAGGGCAUGGGAUGGACUCUUGCACAACCGUGUACUCAUAUAUUGCCAAGAACAUGAGAUAGAUGAAGAACUCCUGACACCAGUUAGAGACCAUGUAAAGUUUCCUUUCACCGAAGAGAAGAAGGCGUUCAUAAAAGAAAAAAAAAAAAUACUAGAAUCACAUGUGGGACGAGAUAGAGAGAGACCUAAGGUUAAGGAUCCUGCCUUACAAGAUACUUGUAGAAAAGCUUCUGUUAAAUCCUGUAGAAGUUCGUUUCCUUCAUCAAAAGAUGGUGUCUCAACAAAGAAGCAAAGAUUAGUGUUAUCUGUACCAGACCAUUUGAGAAAACGAAAGGAUGUUGAUCCAUCCAUAAAGUAUAAAGUGGUUCCACAGAAAUCCCAGAAGAUGAUGGAAGAUCCCCGUGAAGCUGGCAAAAACAAGCUGGGAGUCAAAGAGGCACGUGAAGUUGGUAAAAGCAAGGUUUCACUGGGUGAGAGGUUGUUUAAUUACGUUCAGGAACCUAACAUAGUAAAGCCUGGGCGCGUGGAUCCAGUUGAUAGCAAGCACCAUAAGACUGACUCAAUUGCCUCCAAGGAGCCAGGAAGUGAAAUUCAUGCAUUGGACAACGACUCUCAAAGGAGGCUCUUGGCGGUAAUGAAAAGAGCUACUGAAGAAAUAACUAUGGGUACUAUUUUAAAGAAAUUCAAAGUUCAAUCUAUGCACACAAACUCCACAAGGAAUGUUGUGGACAAGACGAUCACUAUGGGGAAGGUAGAGGGCUCAGUUCAGGCUGUCAGAACAGCACUAAAAAAGCUUGAGGAAGGAGGAAACAUCGAGGAUGCUAAAGCAGUUUGUGAGCCAGAGGUUCUGAGACAAAUCUAUUGUUGAUAGGCUCCAUUGGUAUGCAGAAGAUGGUGAUAUGAUAGUCGACUUCUGUUGUGGCGCUAAUGACUUCAGCUGUUUGAUGAAAACGAAGCUUGAAGAAACGGGGAAGAAAUGCUUAUAUAAAAAUUAUGAUCUUAUUCAAUCGAAGAAUACUUUCAAUUUUGAGAGAAAGGAUUGGAUGACUGUACGCAAAGAUGACUUGGAACCAGGUUCAAAGCUGAUUAUGGGGCUAAAUCCACCAUUUGGAGUCAAUGCUUCUCUUGCAAACAAGUUUAUUGCUAAGGCUCUUGAGUUUCGCCCAAAGAUUCUCAUCCUCAUUGUUCCUCCGGAGACUGAAAGGUUAGAUAAAAAGAAGUCAUCUUAUGUGCUCAUAUGGGAGGAUAAAACGUUCCUAUCUGGAAAUUCAUUUUACCUGCCUGGUUCUGUCAAUGAGGAAGACAAACAAUUGGAAGACUGGAACAAUGUUCCUCCGCCGCUUUCUCUCUGGAGUCGGUCCGACUUUGCAGCCAAGCACAAGAAAAUAGCGGAAAAGCAUUGCCACUUGUUUAGAGAUGUGGGGAGCUCAAAUUUAGGGAAAGUAGAAGAAGAAGCAAACGGAUCUUUGCAUCCACUUGGAGCUUUUGUGGGCAUGUGUACUACUAUUCCUAGAGAUAGUCCUUCCACAUUGGACAACGAAGAUGUUCCUAUGGAACAGGAUGAAAUUGAGGUAGCUGAGUGUGUUACUAACAUUUUGCUCUCUGAGAAAAUCGAAACACGGGAAGCUAUAGCACGUGUACAUCAGUCAGAUCACUUGUCAAAGAGAAGUCAGCUGGAAAAGGAGGAAAAGACCAAAGACUGCUCUGGUAGGAAGCUUGGGAAGUCCGUGGAUGCUAAUGAUGUGGAUUUGAAGAGCAAUGACAUGGAAGAGGAUCGAGCAGACUUGAAUAGAGCACAAGAGAGCAUCAAAGUAAAAAUUCCCGAAAUGUCAUCUGAUUGGCAGAGUCCUGUUAGGGCUUCCCCAGAUGAUAUAUAUGAUGUCUGCACAUCAAUUUCCAAUACAACAUCUCAAAGACCUCACGAGACUGUAGAAGUAUCUCUGCCUACAAUAACGAGGACAAAAAGUAACUUGGGAAAGAAUAUUAGAGAACCUGAUGGUAAAGUGCAGGGCAUUGGAAAACCUGAAGUGACACUGAAUAGGCCAAGCUCUGUAAGAUCUUCUAGAGAGGACAUCUACACUGUCCGUCCAUCGCCAGCAAAUACGGGUCAGAAGCCGUUUGAAGCUUUUGAACCAUCUCAUGGUGCAACUUUAUCCCAUUUCGACGAUGGUCUUGCUGCUAAGUAUGGCCUUGGUGGAGGCUACAGAAUGCCGGAUCCUCAUUUCAUACCGGAUCAGUUUGAUUUCCGAGGAUAUUCAGACCUCAGUAGAGGGGUUAGUCCAAGAGAGUAUUCACAGCAAUACGUUGGGCACUUGGACCCCAUGUUAGCUCCUCCUCCUCCAAAUCUGAUGGACAAUACAUAUCUAUUGCAACAACGUUAUGCGCCUCACUUCGAUCAGAUGAAUUACCAGAGGAUGAGCUCUUUCCCAUCUCAGCCUCCAAUGCAACCUAGUGGACACAAUCUCUUCGAUCCUCAUGGCUUUCCACUGCAACCGCCACCGCCACCACCUCCACCUCCACCACCUAGUGACUUUGAAAUGAGUCCAAGGGGUUUUGCACCUGGCCCGAACCCAAACUACCCUUAUAUUAGUCGAUCUGGCGGUUGGAUUGAUGACUAGACUUAGCACUAACUAUCCUUGUUGUUGCAACAUUUAUAGUUUGAUAGAUCUUUUGUGUAUCACUCUCUGAAAUUAAUUGUAGGAAGAAGAGAAGAAAUCUAGAACUUUUCUCUGCCACUCAUGUCUAGAGCUAGUGGGCCUUUUGGCUGUUAAAUAAUAUUAUAAAGAAAAAGGAAGCCAGCC